AUGGCAUACACUUCAAUCACCAUUAUCAUCUCUCCCUACCAUGUCGGCGCUUAUGACCAUCGCGUCGGCGGGGGUCCCCUCCGCAUCCUGUCCCAUGGCAUCGCCCGGGAUCUGGGCAAAUUAGCCCCAGUUUCCUUCAUUAACAUCGGCCCCGUUGAUGACUUCGAGGGCGAAAUCGGCAAGACUUUUGAGAUCUUGCGCCGUAUCUCCAAUGCGGUCGCUACAGCUACCAAGAACAACUCAUUCCCCUUGGUCCUCUCCGGGAAUUGUUAUGCAAGCACUGCGACUUUGGCUGGUCUCAACCAACAAAACUCGGGCAACACAGGGUCUAAACCUGCGGCUCUGUGGCUGGAUGCCCACGAUGACCUUGAUACGCCUUCGACACAUGAGAACGGUUAUCUCGAUGCCAUGGCCGCCUCCAUGAUGACUGGUUCGAGCUGGCAUAAAUUAAUGGAGACUGUCCCCGGACACGAGCCCUUGGACGUCAAGAAGGUCGUGUGGUGUGGAUUGCGAGAUUGCUCUGAAACGCAACUCAAGACUAUCAAGGAUGCUGGAGUAGAUGUAGUCUGGGGCAACACUGCUGGAAAGGUAGAUUUUACUGCUGGUCUUGCUGCUGUUCUCGAUCGACGACAAGAUAUCAAGGAUGCACAUAUUCAUCUUGACUUGGAUGUCCUCGACGAAUCACUAGGCCGUGUCAAUGAUUUCCCUUCCCCCGGUGGCUUCUUCUCCGAGGACUUGAUGGGUUUAAUGCAGAUGAUCCCUCAGAAGGUGAACCCAACUUCACUUGUCGUCUGCUCAUUUGACCCUCGUCUGGAAGGCGGUGACACAGUCGCUUUGCUCGCCUGUCAGGCCAUAUGCCGACUUGUGAAGGGUUUAAAAGAGAAGGGUGCGCUUGUUGCAGAUGGCGCGGACAACAAUGCUUAG